UGUUUCUAUAGCAACCGACAACAAACAUAUGGAAACGUACGUAGAGAAAGCAUCUGGAUAUCCAGAAGGUUGUAUUCCUAUCUUUUACAAAUGUAGGCUAGUUAGGAAACAGAGAAGAUAAGCCUUCGCUGUUGUGUUAUUCUUAAUCUUGCGUCCAGCUCCAAGUCUUCUGGGACGAGAUCUUAAGUGGGCUGGUACCACAUGUUGGGCCCCAAAUCCCAGGUGAAGGAGACCCUGACAUCCACAAAAUGUUGAACAUGCAGAAGAACAGCGAAGCAAAGGAGUCAAACAAAGAACGUGAGACCAUUCAGAUCAUCAGCAAAGACUUAGUCCGAACUAUCAGGAUUCCACGGAAAGACCGUUCAAGAGAAUCCAUUGUUCUUCCAUCAUCUGAGUUUAAAAGGAUAAUCUCAGAAUCUCAGAUUGGUGUCAAGGAAGAGAGAGAUGCCCUAAAGCAAGCUCACGAGAAGCAGAAAGAGGAAAAAACAAAAGCUGCUGAAGUAAGAAAGCAUCAACUCCAGGAUAUAGACCUGUCUCGCAAACAAAACCCAGCAUUAACCGAGCUGGAGCUGGAUGCCCAGAAGCGUGCACAGCUCAUAACUGAUCGAGCCAGUGCUUUAAGGAUGGAGCAGGAGGAUGAAGUAAAAAAGCUAAAUCAACUGAUCCUGGGUGCUAAGUGUCAAGCCACAUGGGAUGAUCAGAUUCAGGAAAAGAAAGAGAUCCGGACCAAGCUGGAUGAGGAGGAGAAGCGUUUGGACAUCAUGAUGGAGGUGGAGCGCUGCAAAGCUUUGAAGACAAUAGAGAAGAUUGAUGAGCUGCGCAAACAGCAGAGGAUUAAAGGACAGGAGCAAAUUAACAACCAGAUCCAACAACGUGAGCAGGAAAAACUAAUUCAAGACACAAUGAAACAGGUUGAAAAAGAACAGAUACACAAGGACCAGGAGAGAAUGGACCUGGAAGAUCUCAAGGCCAAGGAGAAGAAGAAGAUGGAGCAGCAGCUUAUGCAGGAGGAGAUCAUGCGCAUUAAUUCUGAGGUUGUGCGGGCCAAGGAGAUGCGGCUAGAAGAAGAGAAGCUGGCUGACAUGAGAACUAUGGAAUACCUCCAAAAGAAACUGGACCGGGAGGCAGAAUAUGAAGCAGUGCAAAAACAAAUCAAGAAGGACAAAGAGCUGGAGAUUGCUCAGCUGAGGGCCCAGCAAGAAAGAGCAAAAGACUACAAGGCUGAGCAGGACGAGAUCCGUGCUCGAAGGAACCAGGAGAUCAAAGACAGACAAUGGAGGAUGAAGCAGAGAGAGUUGGCUGCAAAGAAAGCCCACGAAGAAGCCACUCUGAAGGCAGCUCGCUUGGAGCAGGUUAAAAUCAAGGAGCACUGCCUGUCGAUGGAGGCCAACCGGGAGAAGGCUGUGCUUGAGAGGGUUCUGAAAACUCAGCAGGAAGCAUUGGCCAAGGAGAAGGAGCUGAAGGAGAAGCAGCUUCAGAAAGCGUUCCAUCACGCAGAGACCCUCCGCCAGCAGGUGAAGGAACUAGAGCUCUCAGCUCUCGCCAAGCGCAGAGAAAAGUUCAAGGAGGCUGAUAGGCUGAUUGAGGAAGAGAGACAGAGACGAAUGCGGCUGAGUGAAAUCAAAGAAAAGAAACUCAAAGAGCUCAAGGCUACAGGGAUCUCUGAAAAAUACUGCAUUCAGGUGGAACGGAAGGCCCGGAAAACAAUCACGGAUUUCAAUACUGUAAAGGUCUGAGGUUCAUUCAGAGCCAUUUCAGAACAAACAUGUUUUAGAAAUUCUUUUUUUAAGCAUGUACAACUGCAUCUUAAUAAGUAUAAGUUUCAUGGAAAGGUUCAUUAAUUUCUGUCUAUUUGUGUUCAACAAGUAAAACAUAAAGAUUCAUAACACACAGUGA